UUCUGAAUGGGAAACCAAAUAACUACUGUCUUUAGCAUUCCUGUAGCCUAGAAACAGCAAUAAACACAAGGCAAGUACUGGGCAAGGAGGGGUAUGAAUGCCACGAGGAGGGUUCUCUGUCUAUGGAACAAACAAAGGUAUGAAACAGAGCAAGCAGAGCACAGAGAGAGGGCAACUUUCAGUUUGGGGAUCAUUAUUUUAAAGUCAGUAGUAAAUGCGCCCCAUUGCUAAGACUCUGUCUCCUAUUCAGUCUCUGAGCCAGAGUUAGGUUAUAAAUGGAGUUUGUGCAAGGGACUGUCAUGUUUGGUCACUUUGUUUACCUGUGAGCCAGGUUUCUAGGAUAUGAGACGGUACUGUGGCCAGAGGGUAAAUCAGAGCUGAAGACAAGCCGCACUCACUGGAUGAAGCAACACUGAGUGAAAAUGUCAAGAGAAAAUUCAGUUCAGUUGGUUCCCUACAGCGAUAGAGGGCAGCCUUUCCUACCAGCCAUACACAUGAAUCGAGUGGAUGGACUAGAAGGCAGGUUAUUUAACCAGGAGAAGACCACCAACAUCUUGCUAAAUCAGGCCUUUAAAUUAAAAGAUGAUGUUUCAUCUCUGCGUGGGCUCCAUGGAAGUCAUUGGGAUACAGUGGCCCAAAGGCUGCUAGAAAACCACAUGCAGACAAUGGCCCAGAUAGUCAAACAGCUCAGUAAAGAUAUUGAGACUCUGGAGAAUCAGAUCCGAGAUAGAGAUCAAGUGAGCACAGGAACAAGUUAUGCUGUUCAGAAUCUGGACAAGAGACACCUCUAUGGUAUUGGUGAUCUACGAGGUCGAGUGGCCAGAUGUGAUGCCAGCAUUGCAAAACUCUCUGGGGAUUUGGCCAAUACCAAGCAUGAACUUCAAGCGCAGGAGAAAGAGAUUCGCAGCAUAAACGCUUCACUGGAAACACAUAUGAAGGAGUCAGAUUUUAAGGUAAUGCAGCUAUUAGGAAAGAUGGAGGCUUCCAUUUCUGAGCAAAACAACAAAGUAAAAUCCGCACAGGGGGAGCAACACCACGAGAUCCAACUUCUAGAUUUCAAGCUUGGUGGGUUACUUAAUGAUAUACAAGGACAAAUCCAAAAUCACCGGCGAUGGACAGAAUCUCAAAUACAAAAAUCCUCCCAAGAGCAAGCUCACAGCUUAGAGCAGCUCCUGGGUGCCAUUCAACAGAAAAUGGAUAUAUCAGAGAAGAGGCUGCAGGACAAUAUCCAGCACCUUACAAUAAAAGUGGAUAAAACAGUCGAGACGCAGAGGCUUGAGACCAAGCUGAACAAACUGAAACACGCUGAGGAUAAAAUCAAUGCAAGAAUGAAUGCAAUUGAAACGGAAAUCUGGGAUGAGUUGGAAAAUAUGAAGAGUGAAUACAGAGCAGGAUUUCAGUCAAUUCAAGAAUCUCUAAAUUCUCUUCAACAAAUCCAAGAGACAAAGGUGAACCUGGAAACCAAGAAAGUCCACAGAGAUAUCAAGCAGUUACGGCGCAAGAUUGUAGAACUAAAGGAUAUCUAACAUUUCCCUUGCCUCCCUAGCACUAAUCCAUAGCAAGACUUGCAAUUUUUAUACCUGUUUCUCCAGUGCGGUGCCUUUAAAACCACAGGUUGGACAACUUGCUCUGUAUACUUUAUGGCGUAAAGAACUGACAUUUGAGACUGAACUUACACCACACAAUGUGCAACAUACUAAAUAGACAACAAUCAGCAGUUUCUUUGCACUUUGCUUAGUGCAUUUGAAGAAUAGAAACCUCUGUGCUCCUUUUCUGAGAGUAUGAGAGCAGAGACCUGUAAUAUGCCCCUGAAUCGAGCACUGCCUGUGCCUGCAUGUAGAUGCACCCCCACCCCCCUAAUUUUGAGUGUCAUUCAGAAUCGCAAGUUAGGGAGCAUCAGGAGGCCUAUUAUUGCUGUGCUCUGUUCCUCAUGCUACACAAGUGCAGCUUACCCUGGGGCACAAGAGCUUCUUAAGCUUUAUCAGAAAGGUCUAUGUAAAUACAGCCAUAAGCACUCACAGAAAAGCUGCACUGAGUCCUCUAUCAAAA